GUUUGUGUGAUAUUAGACAUAAAUCAUCCACGCGCUAAAUCCAGAUCUUCUAGAGUCUUCUUAUCGGUGGUCCAGCGUAUUCCUGUCUUCUCACUCCCCAUGUAUGGUGUUCCGCGUAAUCCAGUUCACCACAAAUAAAAAUAUCAUCUGUGAUAAUAGACAGUCUUGUCUUACUCCUGUAUUCACUUCAAACGCCUCACUGAGUCUUCCAGUUUGUAAUGCUUUUGUGUAAUAUCGUUCUAUUAAAGAAUGACACUAUGAAGUAUAUUAUGUGUAUUAGUUUCACUAUCAUAUUAGGUGUUCCUUUCAUUCCGAGGGGAGUUUACAGCCUUAUCUCCAUGACCAUCGGUUCUCUGCCAACACUUGUAACCGGCCUGCGCCAGCAACUGACUGCCCACAAGUUUUCAUUUCUUCUUCACAUAUUCUUCUCCAUUUCACCCUCGGACCUACGCGCGACCUAUUGCGCUUCCCAUUAGGAUUCCACUUGAGAGUUUGAUUUUUGAUAUCACUUGUAGGUCCAUCUGCAUUUCUUUCUACGUAAUUUGUUUGCGGGUUCUCUGCUAGCCAGAGUUUCUUGUUACUUAUUCUUUGUGGCCGGUCAUCUUAUCUUCAGUAUUGAGGCUUUUAAGCUUAUUAUGCAGGGGAAAUUGUAUAAGUUAAAUGAACCUUAUUGUAUGUAUUACCUGUUUUAACGUUAUUUAGGCUUUAGGUUUUGUUGUUUUUAUUUCAAUGUUUUUAUCGGUUAAACUGAAAUGUACUCAUUGGAGGAAUACAAUGUCUGCAUUUUUCUUCUUCUCUGCUUUGUGUUUUUAGCUUCAAAUCUUUUAAAUAUGUCUACACGUGAAGCUCCAGCAUCAGUAUCAGCAAUUCGUAAUCCUAAUAGUCAAUUGGCUGGUCUUGCGCCUAGACCUCCACUUUCCGAUGCAGCUUUAUUCUCACUGGUGCUGACUGUACGUGAAGCUGGUCGACGCUUGGCAAUGAGUGAUUAUGCUAUCGCUACUGCUUGUACAAUUCUACAUCGUGCUCUACGUGUUCUUACUACAGGUGAUGAACAGCCUAAUCCAUUAGUUGCUCCGUCGAAUUCAGCUGUCAAUGGAUCUGAUGCACUAUCGGGUUUUGAUUCAAUCGAACAAUCGUAUAAGCAUAGUUUAGGAGAUAUAGAUCCUCAUACAAUAGCUAUGGCAUCUAUCAGUCUUGGAGGCAAAGUACAGGAAGAGCAUCAACGUCUUCGAGAUGUAAUUGUCUCUUAUUAUAGGACUCUUCAUAAAAAUCGACGAUCUCCUCUUGAAGUUGGAGAGGAUUAUGAUCGUCUACGGGAAAGUCUUGUACAAACAGAAUUGUUUUUAAUGCGUCUAUUGGCUUAUCAUGUACGCCGGCCUUCUUUACCACAUCCGUAUUUAGUGCAUUAUCUACACUCACUACUCCAUUGGGUUGGCAAAGGUAUAGCACAACCGUGUGGAAGUGAUCUCAGUGCACCUGGGAAUACUGUAAAUGCAUCUGCUAUUGCAUUGGCCCGACUUCCUGGUUUAGCGUGGUCGAUUUUAGCAGAUACAUAUCAGUCGUCAAUGUGUUUAGAUUUCGCACCUGAGCAUAUUGCGGCAGCUGUAUUACACCUAGCUUUACGGAUAGCUGGUGUUGAGAUUCCUGGUAAUCGACACUCUGAAAUGGCUUGGUGGCAGGCAAUUUCAGACAGUCUGUCUCGUGAAAUAGUUGAACAAAUCCAAUUACGUGUAAUGGAUAUCUAUGCAGUUGAUGAUAAAUUCAAGGCUAGUUCAAUGAAAAAUUUCACGGAUGAAUUCUAAACAACAUCCAACCCCACCAAGCCCAGCCCCGUCCCACCGUAUGUUUCAUUCGAGCAUUGUGCAUUUUUCCUGCUGUAAUUUGUUUUUUUGUACAUUCAGGAUUUUGAAAGAAAGAAAAAAGAAGGGGGGGAGAGAAAGCAAAGUAUUUCAGUUUUUAUCAUUCUUAUUCUUCUUAUUAUUGUAAAAAGAAAAAUCCACUAUUCAAUUUGUUUUCUUCUUCUUUUGUUAUGAGCACAACGUUUUGUUUAUUACUGUCCUUUAGUAGACUCUAUCAAUUAUUGCAUCCAUGUAUCUCAUCAUCCUCCUCCUUAGUUUUUACUUGGAUGGCCAACAUUGUGUCGUGUGUAAUAUAUAUUUGUGUAUUGUGGAUACGUCUUUGUUUAUGAAUUACAAGUGAAUUGAAG